AUGAGUGAUAUUUAUAUUAUCAUUCAUAUUUCCACAACUUGUGAUGAUUCGCCGACAUUUGUCACUAAGGAUUCUUCUGAGUUAAUUGAAUUUGCUUGGGAAACAGUCGAUAGUGUUACUUUGGACACUGUAUAUAAAGGAUCAAACUUGGUUCGUCCAACAAAUACACCUAUCACACCUUACUGUUCAAAGAUUCAUAGAAUAUCAUGGGAUAAUGUCAAAAAUGCUGGGUCUUUUAAAGACGCCAUUACAAAAUUUGAUCAAUAUGUGCAAGAAUACAUAAUUUCCCAGAAAAAAGAGUUUUCAAUUGUGAUGUUUGACAUUUCCAAGUUGAGAGUUCAAUUGGUUCGUGAAGCUAGAGACAAGUCGGUGGUUUUACCUUCGUAUCUACAACAUCCAAGGAUUUUUGAUUUACCAAGAGAAUAUUCAAAUUGGCAAUCUAGCCACCCUGAAACUUUAUCAUACCCACCAACUUCUUUAACUAAUAUUAUUACUGCAUUAGAAGUUGAUGUUGAGAAUAUAUCUGAAUACGUUAACUUGCCAAAUUUUUCUUCCACACCAUCACCAUCAAAACCUUCAGCAACUACAACUGCAAAUGUAACAGCCAUUGACGUUCUUUCCAGCGAAACAGAACCAAAUGGUAAAGUUAUUGCAAAUUUGCAUGCCAAAAUUGUCAAACAAUUGAUCAAAAAAUCUAUACCUGUGGAGAAUCACCCUAAUGUAUUCACAAAACCUUAUGACUCAGCUCAAGAUAUCACUGCUUUUACUUCCGAAAAAUCAAAAGUACUUUAUCUUUCCAAUUUACCAAACGAUACAACGCAAUCGGAAUUAGAAUCAUGGUUCACUCAAUAUGGUGGAAGACCAGGUGGUUUCUGGACUUUUAAGACUGCAGAUGAUAGCAACAACAGUAACAACAGUAAUAAUGGUGGGAAAGGAUAUCAAAAUACGAGAAAAUAUGGUAUUUCAGGGUUUGUGGCUUUUAAUACUCAUGACGAAGCAGUUGAUUGUUUAGCUUUGAAUGGGAGAGUGUUGAAUGACCGUCCUAUUGAAGUGCAAGCAUCUUCUAGUAAAGUGUUUGAUAUGGCUAUGGAUAAAUUGUUAUUGACCCUGUUCCCACUUUCAAAGAAUAGACCUAGACCCGGAGACUGGACUUGUCUUUCCUGUGGAUUUUCAAAUUUCCAGAGAAGAACACAUUGUUUCAGGUGUUCCUUUGCCGCUGUGGCGUUUCAAGAUGUUUUCAAUAACAACCCAAGCAAUACCAGCAACAAUAACAAUGGGAUUACCAAUGGAAUUCGUCGUGGUGUGAUUUCACAACCUGGUCAAACUAAUGAUAAAAUUGUGGCAGGGAAUAUUACCAAUUCAUCUUACGGUGAUCUAACCAAGGGUCCAACAGGCAAUAUCACGAAUCAUCUCAACAACUCCGAGGUCAAUUUACUGAACAAUGUUACUGGCAGUAACAACACUAAUCAUCAUAAUAAUAAUUAUCACAAUAACUACCAUCAUCAUCACCAUCACCACAACAACAGCAACAGCAACAGCAACAAUAACAAUCAUGGGAGUGGCAAUGGUAACAACAAUCAUGGUCGUUCCCAUUACAACAAUAGUGUUCCAUUUAGAGCUGGCGAUUGGAAAUGUGAAAAUUGUAUGUAUCACAAUUUUGCUAAAAAUUUGUGUUGUUUGAAAUGUGGUGUUUCUAAACCUGCCAUUAACAAUCAACAGAACACUACAAUUCACUCGGUGAAUUCUACUGCUGCCGCUAUAGCCGCAGCGACAGCCAGUGGACAACCUUUGAAUUUGAAUAACAAUGCAUUUUUGAGUCUUCAACAACAACAACAACAACAGCAGCAAUCUCAGUCACAAUCGCAAGGACAGCACCAUUACAACCAACAUUCUCGGAACAAUAAUGCUUCUGGGGCAUCAAAGUUUAACAAUGGCUACAACUCAAAGAGCCAAUAUUACAAUCAUAAUAACAAAAAUCUCAACAACAAUUUUGCUCUCAAUGGUAUGCAUCAACCAAACCAGAAUCAAAUUUUGAUGUAUUCACAGCAAUUGCAACAACAACAACAACAACAACAACGGGAUUUAAAUGGAAGUAGUUCUUCACAUCAACUGAAACUUCCAAUGAAUACUACUGAAGGAUUAUACAGAACAAGUGGACAACAAAAUUUACUGUAUCCCAAUAUUAACCAUGAAGUAUCAGGACCUGCUACAUUGAGAGAUGUUUCCAAUAAUUCACCUGCAUUGAAUAACUCUUCUUUUAAUUUAUUGGCCAAUCAUAUGAAUUCAUUAAAUUUAAAUCACUAG